AUGGAUCGUAUGGACGUCGACCCGCCCGAGCGGGACGAGGCGCCCCGGAAAUCCAACGAGCCACGCACUGAGGCCGGCGCUGCGGCGGUGCGAAGCAUCGAAGGCUGGAUCGUCGUCGCGACGAACCUGCAUCCCGAGGCGAGUGAGGAGGACAUCACGGAUUUCUUCGGGGAGUUUGGCGAGAUCAAGAAUUUGCAUUUGAAUUUGGAUCGGCGAACGGGAUACGUCAAGGGCUACGUGCUGAUCGAAUAUACUACCUUGGCCGAAGCACAUGGUGCCAUUGAAGGCGGAAACGGCGAGAAAAUGCUGGAUAAUACGAUGAAGGUCGAUUUCGCAUUCGUCCGACCGCCGCCAUCGAAAAAUCGUCGCGGUGCAGACAAGGACAGAGAGCCGCCGCGGAAGACGGGAGAAAGGGAAAGGAGCAAGAGCCCAGAGGCAUGA